AUGGGAUGGCGGCUGGCCGGAGAAAGCGGCAGCGAGGGCGCGUCGACGCGCUCAGCCAGCCCGCCGCCUGUGUCGCCCAGUGAGGCCCUCGCCCGUGCCAUCAAGCUGUCCAAGAAGCUCUUUACCUCCAACAUCCCAAACAAGGUGACCGAGACGGGCGACCUGGAACUCGACAUGACGGGCUACAAGAGCAGCGAGGAGGAUGCCCUGCGCGCCGAAGUCAUCGCCCGCCGCAUCCUGUCAGACGAGCUUGCCGGCGACUACGAUAUUGGCGCCUUGAUCGGCGCUGAUGAGAACGGAAACCUGUGGAUCUAUAGCAGCGAGGAAGCCAAGGCAGCAGCCAUGGCCAAGACUGCCAUGAACGUCCUGAACGAGGGCGCUCUCCAGUCGGCCGACGCCCUGUCGGAUCCUGGCUACCAGAGCGACAGUGGUCGCAGCGAUGACACGGCCCAGUUUCCUCGAGUCCACCGAGACUCGGAUAGUGCACUCGGCAUGUCUGCACCGCACUCGCCCGAGGCGCACAAGAACGAGACCAAGACGUACGCAAAGACACUGCGCCUAACGAGUGAACAGCUCAAAGCCCUCGACCUCAAGCCAGGUGCCAACACGAUGAGCUUCACGGUGAAUCGUUCCAAGUGCGAAGCGUACAUGUUCUACUGGAAGCACGAUGUGCCCAUUGUCAUCUCGGACAUUGACGGCACCAUUACCAAGUCGGACGCCCUCGGCCAUGUGCUCAAUAUGAUUGGCAGGGACUGGACUCACCAGGGUGUGGCAAAGCUCUACACGGACAUUGUCAACAAUGGAUACAACAUCUUCUAUCUGACCAGUCGCUCUGUUGGACAGGCCGACACGACAAGAGCCUAUCUGAACGGCGUGGUGCAAGACAACUACCGUCUUCCCAAAGGCCCAGUCAUCAUGAGUCCCGACCGCACCAUUGCCGCACUUCGGCGUGAAAUCUAUCUCAGGAAGCCCGAGGUGUUCAAGAUGGCCUGUCUUCGGGACAUUAUGCAGCUGUUCAACAAGCCGCCGGGCCAGACGCCUUUUUACGCCGGGUUUGGCAAUCGUUUCACAGACGCGCUGUCAUACCGCUCGGUCAACAUUCCGUCGACGCGCAUCUUCACCAUCAACUCGAAUGCUGAAGUCAACGGGGCUACACAACAAAUAUCUACCGCUCUGGGAUGA